AGACGAUUGUAGCUUUCGCUAAAAAAACAAAAACAAAAGACGAUUGAAGGUUGUUUUAUCUGUUGUGACUUUAUGUAACGUAACGUACGAGGAAUUCAAAUUGAGAAGAAAAAAGACAUAUAGGAAAGGUGUUGGGACUUUGGACUUAUAUAGCAGAAGGCUGAAACUCCAAGGAACAUGGGCGUCCUUCUUGUCUUCUCCAACACCAACAAAUUAAUUAACAAGUGGAAGCGCUUCUCUUCUUGUUCAAACCUAUUUCAUCUUAGCAAUCCAAAAAUACAUAUAUGGUAAAUUAAUUAAGUUCAGUAAUUUGUUUCUGCAGAUUUUCUGGCCAUUCGUGGGGUCAAACUGGGUGAGGAAAAAUGAGUGACAAUUUGAUGGGAAAAGUCAACGCUUUGGGGGAGCGUCUCAAAAUUGGUGGGGCUGAGGUGGGUCGGAAGAUGAGUGCUGGCAUGAGUUCUGUGAGCUUCAAGGUCAAGGAAUUUUUCCAAGAUUCAGGCCAUGCUGGUAAACUCGUUGGGGAAGCUACCUCUGAGGCCCUACAUGAGCCUGAUUGGGCUACAAUUCUUCAUAUAUGUGACUUGAUCAAUGCUGAUCAACUUAACACUGCUGAAUUGGUACGUGCAAUUAAGAAAAGGGUCGUGGCCAAGAGUCCUAGAGGUCAGUAUCUGGCUUUGGUUUUGCUUGAAGCGUUGGUCAAGAACUGUGACAAGGCUUUCUUGGAGGUGGCAACUGAGAGAGUCCUUGAUGAGAUGGUCAAGCUCAUUGAUGACCCUCAGACUAUUCUUAAUAACCGGAAUAAGGCUUUGAUAAUGAUUGAGGCAUGGGGAGAGUCAACCAUUGAGCUUCGCUAUCUGCCUGUCUAUGCAGAAACUUACAAGAGUUUGAAAUCAAGGGGUAUUCGAUUCCCUGGCCGUGACAACGAAAGCUUGGCUCCUAUAUUUACUCCUCCUCACUCUGCCAUUACUCCAGAGGCUGAUGUCAGUUUUGCAGAUCUUAUUCAGUAUGAUAUUCAUGGGCAAAGCUUAACCUCUGUUACUCCUCCUCGUUCUGCCACUACUCCAGAGGCUGAUGUCAGUCUUGCACAUCUUAUGCCGCAAGAUAUUCAUAUGCAAAGUUUUAAGUCUGAACAAAUAAAGGAAACAUUUGAUGUCGCGAGAAAUAGCAUUGAGCUUCUUUCUACUGUGUUGUCUUCUACAAUGCAGCAGAAUGUGUUGAAGGAUGAGUUGACCACCACAUUAGUACAACAGUGUCGUCAGUCCCAGACUAGUGUCCAUAGAAUCGUUGAGACUGCUUGGGAUAAUGAAGCAGUGCUUGUUGAGGCCUUGAAUGUUAACGAUGAGAUUCAGAAGGUUUUCUCCAAAUAUGAAGAGCUGAAGAAGGAGCAGAAGGAGCCUACCGUUGUUCCAUUUGAAGCUGAACCGGUUGUUACCAAAGAGGAAGCACUGAUUAGAAAGCCAGGUUCAAGAAUUGGAGUCCAUGGAGGGAGCCACGAUGACAUGUUGGAUGAUCUUGAUGAGAUGAUUUUUGGGAAAAAGGGUAGGGAUGAUGCAUUUGAAGGAGGGCAACAUCCAAAGAAACAACAAUCAUCAUCAAAAGAUGACCUCAUCUCCUUCUAAGUUGCCACAGCAACAAAAACAAAGCCUGUCUAUAUAUUAGACUACUAGGACAGUGUCUUUGACUUGAUUGCUUGCUGCUUUCAUUUCUAUAUGUUGAUUAUAUGUAUAAACUAAUUAAGUUCUGAUACCACUUUCCAUUAUUAUUACAACGUGAAAAAAACUCAGAGAACUUUAGCACGUCUAAGAAUUAGUUGAAAGUCCUACCUGGAACAUAUGUUUGAACUUUGAAUAUACCAUAGAAAUGUAAUAAGCCAAUCAAGCUAUUGCAAUGCAAACAUAUUAUUCCUUCAA